CCUUUAAACUACAGUUUUAAUUUUAAUCUUUUUAUCAACAUAAUAGUUGGAAAGUGUUUUUUAUUCGCAACUCCGUGUUCUCAACAAAUAUUUAUCUCUGUGCAGCCAAGAAAUAUUUAUCAUUAUAGCACAAUAAAAAAGAGUGCUCCAAUGUAGAUUUUCAUUCUAUUAAUACAAUAAUGGCUUAUGUGUUGUUUUUUCGAAGCUGUGGGCUGCCUGAAGCACGGAGUACACGAUUCCGAAUAAUUCCUAUUAAGGACAUCAGACCGGUGCCUCCUGCCAAAAUUAUCAAUCCUCUAGAUAGGAUUCUAAUUAAAGAUGAAAACGAACCUUACAUUUGCUUUGCGGUAGAGUUUGGGUCCAAAUCAAGCUUGCAACAAAAGAAAAAAAGUGUGAAAUCGCUCGAGAAUAUGCUAGAGGAUAUGCAGUCAAAAGCUGCUAAGAUCAAAGAAAAUUUUGAGUCUCAAGAAAAAGUUAAGUUCAAAAUAUCUGACAACAGUAUUUUAGCUAGCCCGACAGAAGGUUCGAGAGGAGCAUCAAUAUAUGAAGAUUUGGAUUCUCAACCUGCGAAGAAGCUUAGAAGAAAUCUGGAAAAGAUAAUCCAACAUCACGGUUGCAUAUCUUACCUGGAGAUGAGAUUUGUCAACCUAGUGUCAAUCAGUUGUCCGCUUCAUCAUAAAAUUUUAGAAAAAGAUGGAAUUUUAAGGGUUGAUUGGAAUCUAAGUAAUGAAGGUACCAUAACUAAAAUCAUGGCAGUUUUAGAUGAUAUCAUCUAUAAAAUUUUUUACAACUUGAUGGAACCAAGAAGAGGGUCGAAAAUAUGGAUGCUACCAGAUAAGUGCUCUAGAGCACUCCUUAGUUCGAUGUUUUUGGACCAAACGAGAUUACCCUGUCCCUGAUUGCAUGUUAGAACUUAAAUUUAGAGAGCAAACAACAUGUGAAAAUGUCUGGCGAUGCAAAGCUCCAGACUGUGGUUGUGAUUCAACAAUUACUUGCUCAAGCAAAAACGCUUGUAUUGCACAUUUACAGUCUCGAUUCGUCUAUUAUAUCUGCAAAUUCUAGGACUGCUGCUUCAAGCCAUGGGAGAGACUCAUGUGACUUUUCAAACCUAAUGAAAACGUAAAAGUGUUGCGCCGCAAAAAUGAAUUAAAUUUUAUAAUUCGUGCAGCUCAUGAAUUAACAUCAUGUGAAGAUGAGGAUGAGGAUGAGAAUGUCCUUCUGUGCUUCUGUCCUUGAUGAAGAAGUCAGUUUGGAUGACUACUACAGUUUUGUAAAAUUCAUAAAAUUUGACAUAGAACUGGCUGGAAAAGCCAAUUUUCAAAUCAAUGUGUCGCCAGAAGCUAUUGUAAAUUCAAUGACGAUGCUCGAUCGAUACCAGCUUGGAGCUUAGCAACUUAUUUUAUAUGAAGCCUUGAAAAAUAAUAUGGAGAAAAUGUUGACUGCUCCAAUUGAAAUAUCAACUUCUUCAUACAAAAUUUACUAUGUUAAAAAUCAUGCUUUUCAAGUUCUGCAGAAGGUUGAUUUCGUGCCGAUCGCUUGUUGGGAAUUUAAAAUCCUAACAUGUAGCUUCGUCAAGAAACUUUCCCUCUAUUAUUGCGCUUAUGAAGGAUGUCCAUGCAAUCCGGAAUAUUCUUCAUUGAACAUUGUGAAAGUUAAGCUGCACAUUCAAAAUGAGAAUUUUAUUCUUGUUUGUGUUACGAUUUUUUCGAAAACAAAAAAGUUUAGGAAUACAGUAAAGUACCAGAUAAUGACAGUAACUUGAAAUACAGUGAGAUCCCAGAUAAUGAGAGUCCCACAUAAUGAGAUAAAUUUAUCAACGAUCCCUAAUUAAGGAGGAGUUAAUUCAAUUUGAAUUUUAUCAAAUUUCAUUUUGAUUUCUUUAAUUUUCAAUUGAUUGGAUUCGAAUUUCUUUCGUAAAAUAUUAAUCAAAAAACUCACGAAAUCAUUUUAAACUAACAUUUACGAUAAAAUUCGAUCUAUUAAGGAAGAUUGAAACUCAUGAAAUUAGCUGCCCGAUGAAUAGUGAAAAUAAGCUAUUCCACAGUACUCUCAUUAUCUGGGAUCUCACUGUAGAUUAUUCCUACUAUUCGCCGGGCAGUGUAUUGAAAAAAUACAGAUUUUUUAAACCCCUCCUUAAUUAGGGACCAUUGACAAAUUUACUGUCACUAUCUGGUACUGUCAUUAUCUGGUACUUUACUGUAAACUGAUUUCAGAUUUGCAUCCCUCAUGAUCAAUUACACCUAAAUAGUUUAUUUUGAUAAAAAUAUCUAUCUCUAAUUCGAUUUUAUUAAUCAUUUUGACCUCCGUGAUUAAAACAUUUGCGACCCUGUAACUUUUUUCAGAUCGAUUUCCUCCAUGGGAGAUUAAUAUUUUUAGGGGUUUUCUAGCACGGGCUUUCCAUUAAACCCACUUUCAUUUUGAUCUGCCCGUACCAACGAGGUUACUUUCCUUGUGAGAUACUUUCAAAGAUUCAUUAUAAUAGAGAAUUUCAACCUCCGAAGAUUUCUUUUUAAACAUUAAUA